AUGCUUUUCUCUUGUGAUAAGCCAAGUCCCGUCGCCGGAGUUCCUCUGCUUCGGCGCUCUUUCGCCUCUAAACACCGAAUUUUAACGCGCCGUCGUUUCAAGGGAGCUGUGAAAUUGAAUCUUUGUAAUUGUUCGCAAAGAGUGGAUGGCGUUUCCGUUGAACCCGAACCUGAUUGGAGCUUUGACGAUCUUGUUUCGGAACUCAACGCUUUAGAGACGAAGCUCGCCAAUGCUACUUCUUCCACCGAACGCUCUUCACCUUUCGAAAAAACAAGAUCUUGUGGGAGAGAAAUCGAGAAAGGUAGAGCUUUCGUAUUGCGUGCCGAUGAGUAUGAGAUGGAGGACUCAGAGAGCGAGGAUGAUGAUCAUGUAGACAAGGCAUUGGUAGUAGCUGGCAGUGCCAAACGGUUCACUUGUGAUGAACUUUAUCUGAGUGACAGUGAUGACGAUUCAGACAAUGUUUCUGGUUUUGAAGUGCGAACCUACUUGAUGGAUGAAUUGGGAGAGGUAGAAGGUGCCUUGUUUGAGUUGACGCAGGAACACCAGCUUAGGGUUAAGGUGAGGUAUGGUACGGUGUUGAUUGAUGUCUAUGCAGUUGUCACCUGUUUGACUUGUCGGUUAAAAGAUGAAAUUAGGAAUAAGAUUUCCGCAUUGGAGACUGCUUUAGUGAAUGAAACUCAAAAUUCUGCUUCUUCCCUUCUUCGAGUUGAGAAAUAUAAAGAAACAAGGCAGGAAUUGGAUAAAAAGUUUGACACUCAAUAUCAGCGUCGGAUCGCAGAAGCACUUGAUAAUCACUUGACAGCUGUUCAACGGGAUCGCGAACUCAGAUCACAAAUAGAAGAAAGGAAAAUAAGAAGUGAUGCGGCUUAUGAAGAGGCCAAGAGAAAGGUUGCUUUUGAAAAGCAGCAGCAGGAAAAGGCUAAAGCUGAAGCAGAGCUGCAAAUGCUUGAUGAGGCCAAACUUAGAGCUGCUGAGGAAGCAAAACGAGAAGCUGAGAGAAAAGCAGCAAUGGAAGCUAGAAAACUGGCAGCAAUGGAAGCUGAAAAAAGAGCAGCAGCAACAGAAGCUGAAAAAAGAGCAGCAAUGGAAGCUACUGAAAUUUCCAAAAGGGUUACUUCUGGAGGGACCCAACAAGCUACUGGGCAUCCAACAGAUACCGCAUCAAGCCUAUCAAAUGCUGAAACCAAGGAACAUGAUAUUGGUAAUAUGUAUCGAGCUGCAGCAAGUGCUUUGAAGCUAGAACAGGGGAGACUGCAGAAAUUGAAAGAGCUAUGUGAGAGAAACCAACUGAUUAGAUCAAGUUCUAAUAAGGAUUACACCCGCCAUGAGGGUCAUAUUUCCCGGAAUAUAAGGCAAAUAAGGGGAGUAAGAGACAAUGUUAGGUCAAAGGCCAGCGAACUCAUCAAACUUUUGAAUGAUCCUCAAUGUCCACAAUCAAUCAGCAUUGAGAUAUUUGCUAAAAAGGUUGCUGCAUACUGUGAAAACCCCGGCAAUGCUCCCUUUGCAAGUGCCUAUGUCAUUGUUCUUGUUACAUCUCAGAUCCCACACACUAUGGAUAUUUUGCUGGCUGAGCUUCACAUGGCUUGCCUGUAUACCGUUCCAAAGCACCUGCUUUACAAGAAGUCCACCUUUCAAUCAAAAGAGGCAUACUUCAGAAGUAUUGGUUAUCGAGAAGAGGAUGGGAAGAUGGAGAGUACAGAAGAUUAUUUAAAGCGGUUAGAAUCAUACAUGAAGGUGUAUGGUGCACUGGUUCAGACUGAAACUACAAAUGUCCGAAAUUUCCACGGCUUGCAAGAAGGUUGGGCGUGGCUCGCAAGGUUCUUGAAUGCACUUCCAGCAAAUCAAUACACAGCUGUUUCGCUCAAUGCAUUCUUGCAAAUGGCUGGAUUUGCUCUCUUCAAAAGAUAUAAAUCUCAAUUCUUAAAGAUGCUGAACGUAGUGUAUGAGCACUUUUUAGUUGAUUUGAAAUCACGGAAUAUACCAGAAUUGACGAAGACGAUUACGGAGAUACAGACUUAUAUAGAAGAUAAGAAGUUCCUUCAAGAGCCAGAAGGAAGGAGUUUGCAGUCUAAUUUGUUAUCAAAAGUGUAUUUGAAUUAUUGA